GACACGUUCAGCUGUCUUCUCUGUUUCCAUGAGCAGUAUUCGAGCUCAGUUUUUCCGACCUGCAGAUGUCCAAAACUUUUCUCCUGUUUAUAUCUUAAAGUAGACAUGCAGCCUCCUCCUCCAAGAAAGGCAAAAGUCACACAGGAGGUCAAACAAACUCACACAGAGCAGCUGAACAGACUACAACUCAAACAUCAAACAGACUGGGAAUUUCUAGAAGAUUUGAGGAUUUACAGCCAGAAGAAAGCUCUGAUAGAGAAAGAGUAUUCUCAGGGACUGCAUAAGCUUGCUUCUCAGUAUUUGAAGCGUGAGUGGUCCGGAGCCCCUUCAGAAGAGCCAAGAGACAUCAGAAAGGUUUGGGCUCUAUGGAGGUCCUAUCUGGAGGGUGUGAUGAAAGUGAGCCAGUCUCGUAUCAACGGAUGUGAUAACUACAGAAAUCAAAUCUCAGAUCCUGUUAAAACUCUGCGAGUGCAGAAAGAUCUAAAACUAAAAAAGUGCUGUGAACAGCUGGCCAGAGCUCAGGCCGAUCUGCAGGUCACCAUCAGAGACCUGACAAAGACCAGAAAGACCUACCAGGAGGCAGAACAGACAGCGCAGGCCGUGAGAGAGAAAGCUGACAUGGAAGCCAAGUCUAAGCUCAGCCUGUUCCAAUCACGGUCCAGUUUAAAGAGAGCUAGCUUGAAGCUCAAAACCAAGAGAAACGAAUGGAAAUCCAAAGCCACUCAAGCGAGGAACGACUAUCUGCUAACGCUGGCGGCAGCUAACGCACAUCAAAACAGAUAUUAUCAGACAGAUCUGAUCAACUGCAUCAAGGUUCUAGAUGGAGGUUUCUACGAUCACGUACAGAGUUUUCUGAUCUCGCUGUGUCAGAUGGAGCUCGAGACAUCUCAAAGCAUUCGGGACACUUUCCAGUGUCUGCAGGAGACGUCCAGUGGAGUGACUCAGGAUAUUCACCAGGAGCUCUUCAUUCAAGAGAAUUCUGUGUUUCAGAAAGCCGCCCCUUUCCAGUACCAGCCCUGUGAAAACGAUUCGGUUACUGAGCUUAUAAGUGAGACUGGCACGGUCGAAGAGCACGGUUUGAAUAAAGAAGCACGGAAGUGGGCCACACGUGUGGCGAAAGAACACAAGAACAUCAUCCUCACGCAGAAGACUCUGUCAAACUAUGAAGAAUCGCAUCAGCAAGACCAGAAUAACAACGAGCUGGAAAUAAAAAUGGACGAUGCGAGAGAAUCCAUUCGUAAAUCAGAGACAGUGAAACUGAAAGCAGAGGCUCGUCUGAACCAGCUCAGAGACGUGGGCGUGGCUGUAGACGUCUGGCUCAAGAGCGCCAUGAAUCAAGUGAUGGAGGAGCUGGAGAAUGAGAAAUGGGCUGCUCUCAAUACCCAUGAUGCUUCAUUUUCUCCCUCUGUAAAUCAUGACAGAGAAGAUGAAGAGGACACAGAGACCCUUGAUGAUAGCAGUUCAAGCCCCUCCAGCACUCACAGAACCUACCCCCUGACCUGCUCUGUGCUUUACUCUUAUCAGGCGUCCCAACCUGAUGAGCUCACUAUCCAGGGACAGGAAGUACUGGAGCUUAUUGAUGAUGGUGACAUGGAGGACUGGGUUAAGGCUAGGAAUGGAGCAGGGCAGGUUGGGUAUGUGCCUGAGAAAUACUUGCAACUUCCGUCCUCCAACUCUGUACUGAGCAUGCUCCAGUCUCUCUCCAGUAUGGACGCCCAGUCACAGACCUCCGGCACCUCUGCGGACCCCGAGCCAGAGUUAGAGACACUCAACCUGAGCUGCCCGAACAGUCCAUCCAGCGCUAUAAACCUGGCGAGGGCUCUAUACACCUACAAAGCCCAGACCGAGGAUGAGUUGUCAUUUCCUGAAGGUGCAGUUAUUCGUAUCCUCAGCAAACACAACCAGGAGGAUGAUGGGUUUUGGGAGGGCGAGUUUAAUGGUGCGGUGGGCGUCUUUCCUGCGGUGUUAGUGGAGGACACGUGUGGACGAGAGUGUCCACGGACGCACCGGAGCUUCAGUGUGCAGGUGUCUCCAUCAGUUCAGGAUCCUCCACCCUGUCCACCAUUUCCAACCUGUAGCCCAGUAUCCCACUCGCUGUCUACCCUCGCUACCACACACACUUUAAAUGGUUUCCAAACCCCAGUAGUCUCAAGCCUCAGCCACGCCCACACACCAUCAAACAGAUCUCCAGCAGAAGGCAGGCGAGGCGCUCUGAGACCAGUACGAGUUGCACCUCUCCCACCGAAACAGCAGGCGCAGGGCCAGGUACAGAAGAGAGAAGAGGUGGAGAUUACACUGGUGUGAGCGCCGUCCUAAAGGGGGAAUUUACAAGGAUGACAUGAUAGAAUGCAUGAAUUUGAUGUUGUUGAAAUUCAGAUGAAAGAUACUGGAUGCAGGGUAAUUUCUCUGGAGACAACCCAGCUUUCGCCAUGACGUGGAGAUGUUAAUACCGCUUAACACUUUAGACCUUGGACUUUGGGCAGAUAUAAACAAAAAGCCUUUGGAAAUGUUGGCUUCAUAAGGGAAGUGGCAAUUUUAAAAUAGCAACAUAUAGACAUUUUAGAAUGUAUACAUAUUAUGAAUUCUUUCUUGCAAAGUUUUCUGCAAGCACUUAAACGAUAUAUAUGUAGUAGUAUAAAGUUGUUUGUUUCACACAAAUCAGUAUUUUACACGAGUCAUUCGAGAUCUUUCAAGUCUUAUCAUUUAAAGAAAUAUUUUCCUGUUCUGUUGUAGAAUAUUCCAGGAUGCAAAACACAAGCACUUAGUUUAUCUUUUAGUUCAUGAAGCGUGCUUAAUUUUUUCACUUAUUUAGUGUAAUUUAUUCGGUCCAUAAUAGACAGAAAACCUUUAUAAUUCUACAGUGUAUGUUUUGCGAGUUAUUUUAUGUGUCAUAAAAGUUCAGAGCUUUACUUUUUCCCGCUUGCUCAGGACGAUGCUUACAAUUUUCCGAAUUGUCAGAUUUCUAGGUCUUGUUUAUCAGUGUGGUUCAAAAACUGCAAUAUGCAUCUUCAGCAUUGUUCCAAUCCAACACUCAAAGUAAUAAAAUUAGUAAAUGUU